AUGGCGGAGACCUCAAGCGCAGAAGCUGGCGCGCCAGAGCUGGUGCCGGUGCAGUCCAUCGAGGUGAAGCCCGCAGUCAAAGACGAGGACACGGGAGACGAGAAGUCGGACAACGAAGAAGAUGGAGCAGAAGCAGAAGCACAAGCACAAGCACAAGCACAAGCACAAGCACAGAACGGGGAAGAGCCGGCUGUUACCCACGAACAGUACAAGGCGCUCAAGAACAUCACGGACGUCUUGACAAACUACAAGAUCAAACUCAAGGGCGAUGAGGAACAUUUCCCUUCUACCUUGUUCAGACGCAUCCCUAACCGACGGAACCUUCCCGAUUACCACGAAAUCAUCAAGGAUCCUGUCGCGCUCAGUACGCUUAAGGGCAAGAUACAGAGAAAGCAAUAUACAGGGAUCCCCGAAUUCGUGCGCGACUUCGCCUGCAUCGUUCACAAUGCCCAAGUAUACAACCGACCCAAUUCAGGCCCAGUGCGGGAUGUGUUGGAGCUGCAGAAGCUGUUCAAGGACGAGCUGCAGAAGCUGGUCGACCAAGGGUUGAUCAAACAAGAAGAAACAGUCUUCCCGGAUCUGGGUGAGAUACCGUAUGCCACUCCAGAACCAGAUCCAGCAUCGGAGGACGAAGAGGAAAACGAAGACGAGCAGGAGGACGAGGACGACGAGGACGACGAUGCUGAUGACUCGGACGAUGAUCGACGGAGGAGGAGGAGCCGGAAGGGCGGGAGACCCAGCAUAUCCGGACGAAAAGGUCGUGACGACGACGACGAGAAGCUCAACGAUGGCGAUGUUCGCAAGCGCCGGGGUCGCCCUCCGAAAGUUGAUACGCCGAUGGAAGCCCGGAUCAAGGCCGUCUUGAAGGGCAUUCGCAAGCCGAAAGACGAUGCCGGCAACCUCAAGAUCCGCCAUUUCGAGAGACUGCCCGACAAGGCAGAGUAUCCGGCAUAUUUCCUUGCAAUCAAGGAUCCGAUCGCGCUCGAUGCCAUCAAGAAGAAAUCCAAAAGGAAGAAGUAUCAGUCCUUGGAACAAUUCAUGAAGGAUCUCGACUUGAUGUUCAGCAAUGCGAAACAAUUCAACGAAGAUGGCAGCGAGAUCUAUCAGGAUGCAGUAGAACUGCAAGCCGAAGCGCAGAAACUGCUCGAAAUUGAAAAAGCAAAGCCAGAUGAGGAAUAUCUCAUGGAGGACGGGCGACGGCCUCUGCCCUCCGGCAUCCUGUACAAAAAUGAGCUCUGGAAGGUUGGCGACUGGAUUCAUAUUCAGAACCCGAACGACGUGACCAAGCCGAUUGUGGCCCAAAUCUACCGGACGUGGGAAGACCCUGAAGGCCAGAAGUGGAUCAACGCGUGUUGGUACUAUCGUCCGGAACAGACCGUGCAUCAGUACGAGAAGCAUUUCUUCCCCAACGAGGUGGUCAAGACGGGCCAGUACCGGGAUCACCGCAUUGAGGAGGUCGUGGACCGGUGCUUCGUCAUGUUCUUCACAAGGUACAGUCGCGGCCGCCCUCGAAACUUCGACCUGACGAAAGAGGUCUACGUGUGCGAGGCCCGGUACAACGAGGAAAAGCACCGGUUCAACAAGAUCAAGACUUGGGCCAGCUGCUUGCCAGACGAAGUUCGUGACAAGGACUAUGAGAUGGAUCUGUUUGACAUCCCUCGCAAGAUCAAGAAGGUCCCCAGCCCACUGAAGCAUCUGCUGAAGGACGAGAUGAAAGAGACGGAUGAGAUUCCAGCUCCUACUUGGGGCCAUCCAAACGCGCCUCCCAUCACGGGUGCCAUUCACAAGCAGCCUCGGGAGGAAAAUCAAUCACCACCUCCUGAACCUACACCGCCACCUCCUCCGACUCCUCCGACUCCUCCGCCACAACCGGUGCGACAACCUUCGACCAGCACUAUGCCAAACAUCCAGUCUCGGCCCAGUGUGGACAGGCAGGCCAGCACCGGCUCCGCCAAUCUACAGCCUCAACUGACGCGUCCGUCUCCAUCGGUCACUCCUCAUGUCGCGCCGUUUCCAAAGCAAUCAAUCUCACCUGCCCCUCAGUAUGGCCGUCAAAAUCUAUAUCAGCAACCGCCGCAUCUUCCAUUGCAGCCCAACAUCACUCCGCAGACGCCCGCUCCUCAGCAAGCAUUGCCCUACUCGUCCCAUCAGCAACUGCAUCCUGCGCCCAACCUGACCGCCGCACAUGCCCCCGGCUACGGUGCAGCCACACCGGUCCAGAAUUACGUCCGUCCACCAGUGCAAGCUGCGCCGUCAUAUCCCCCAUAUACGCCGACGCUGCCGGAUCAACGUGCGGCCGAGGUCUACGUGCUCUCCGACAUUGCCAACGCAUCGAUCCCGAAACGCAUUCGAGACAGUUUCCCUCAAGACGACCAAGGGCGCGUGCUGUUCUUCACCAAACCUCCCGUGAUCCACGACACGACGGUGAGAAGUCGAGACGGUCAGCCGUUGGCUCACACCGAGAAGUAUUUGGCCGCGAAAGCUGAGCGCGACAAGAUUGUUGCUACACGGAAACGAGCGCGAGAAGACGAGAAAGUCGCUGCGCGCAAACGGGCACGGCAGACGAAAGGGCGCGAAACGGUCUAA